UUCGCAGCAUAUGAGGGGCGUCAUAUAUGAAUGCUAAUUAAUGAGGUUAUUCAAUAAUCACUGCCACUGCACUGAUACUUGGCAAUGAGGCGGAUAGCGAGCGACAGAGACGAAGAAAUCGGGCGCACGUAAAUGGUGGGAGGGAUGAUUAGGGUUAUCUUUGGGUGCAUGAAGAGGGAAUGGAUUCAUGGUUUGGCUUCGACCGAAACAGAGAAGAGAAGCAAUCAAAACGCAAGUGGAUGAAUGUGGGCGUCUGCGAUUCGCCAAAAGCGGCUUCUUUUCUUCCUUUAAUUAAAAUUUUAUCUGAAAGGGGCAACUGCACCUGCUGCUUCUCCCAUUGGCUCAACUUGGCUGCUUUGCUUUGGUUUUUUCUCACACCACAGAGACAAGGAGAAAGCCCAUGAUAUCCAUCCAUCUUUGAUGUUAUCCACUGCUUACUCAACCACAAGAGGCCUGUUUCUCUUCCUCUCUCCACUUCCUUUUCCUUCUUAUCUCUCUAACUCUGUUUAAAAAAAAAAAAAAAAUUAUUCUGCCGCGGCUUUAGUAUUCUUCUUUUGAACUUUAUCUUGUCAAAAAGGAUUGUUGCCAUAAUCACAUCUUUGGCUGAAGACUUUCCACGGUAAACUUUGGAGGAUACCAAUAUGCACAUCUUGCAGGGGAAGAUAAAGAAAUGAACAAUGAAAGUUUAGCUAAUCUUAUUGGCUAUUCUUUGAUAUAAUUUUAGUUUUAGGCCUCAUCACCUCAAAGAUAGGUUUUUUUGGUUCACCAAUGAUUUAUUCUCUAAGCUUAUUGAUGAACCAAAUAAACUAUUUUUGAUAUGCCGAGACUUAAUGCCUGACUGCAAGUCAUAUUCUAGAUGUGAAUUUUUGGAUCCUAUGACGCACAUAGUUAUUACAAUAAACAAAUUUUGGAUCUUAUUACACACUAACUUAGUAAAAGAACAAAUCUUUUGAUCAGCAAGUUAUAUUAUAUACAAAGAUCGUGUAGGAUGUAUGGAACUUGCAUUGUCUCGUAGUCAUGCUUAUAAGCCAUAAUGUCAUGGCUUCGCAAUGUAGUGGAGUUCAGAGGCUACAUUAAGAGAACAGUAACAUUUUGAAGUCGUCUUUCAGGUGACUGGACCAAUAGCACUUUCUGGGGGGAAAAAAACUGAGGUCAUAAAUCAUUAAUCUGAAAGGGGUGGUGGUGAUGUGGUUUGAGUUUGCAUCAGUGGUACUGAAAUUAAAACAUUUAAAUUUAAAUAAUUGGUAUGCUAUUUAAAUUUUUGGGUUUAGAUGCUCCAAUCUCUUAACUAAUUCUUCUGUUAAUCUACGGCUAAUCGUAAUAUCCUUCUCUCUCUGCGUGCGUGCGUGCGUGCAGAUGUGUUUUCCUCCUGCAGUCAUGUACUUAAACUUUAAAGUAGGGAGGGAGAAAUUCUAAUGUUUUUCACCUUUAAUUCUAGUCUUAGCUCAGGGAAAAAUAACUUUACGUUGUAUUUUGGAUGCUUCAUCUCUCUUCGCAUGUUUUGGUGAUGAGUAUGUUUCCUUGAGACAAUUUAUGCCUGAUAACUAUGUUUAGUAGAAGUUUUUCUUGUUAUGAUUGUUAAUACUAAAUGCGACUGUGUUUCUAUAUAUGUAUAUUCUCCCUUUCUUUCCCAUAAUACGUAUAGUAUUAAUCGCAGCUCUUUCCUAUGUCUUUUUCAUUAUGUAGAUUGCUGGCUGAAGAUUAUGGUUAAAAGUCUAAAAAUCCAUGUCCCUGUCUUUGCAAUGUAAAUAAUUGAACUUAAAAAUCAUACAAGGGAAAGCAUGAGCUAGCACAUGGUUUAGAGGGACAGGGGAGAGGCAGGGCAAGGAGGGUAUGGAGUGUUUCUGUCUUGUAUUUCAAAAGGUCUAAGUUCUCUGUUUGCUGAACCGAUCCUAAUGCUAUUCAACUUGCUAAAACGGGGAAAAUGGUGUUUUGCUAGCAUACAUAGUGAAAAAGACAAGGUUUAACAGUCAUGGAGAUUCUUCUGUCAUUCUCUAUAGGCUCUUGCUGACGUCUAGGUAGCUUUGGUCCCAUAGUACUUGCCGGCAAGGUACCACUGAAUUGAAAUGCCAAUAAUUGUUCAAUGUCAUAAAUACCCUCUGUUUUUCCUUAUCGUCUCUCCUGUUAUAUCUUUGUAUUAUAACAAUUAUAGGCUGCGUUUUCAAUCCCAUCUUCAUUUAUUCAGUGAGGAGACUGAGAACAAUUUUUUUUGGGGCGUUAUGGUGGUUUUGAAUUGAUUAUGUGAGUGUUAAUUUUUCAGAGCACAGAACCACAGACUGGAAAAUUCAUAAUUUUAGUUAAUGAAUCAGCAAGUCAUAAAUUCAACUUGUUCUGUGCAAGUUCUCUUUGUGGUUUUUGCUUUUCUUCCCUGAAUACAUUUAUCUCCUGUAGACAUGAUGCUAUUGUAUACGUACGUCGAAGACAUUUGAUUAUAUAAUAAUAGAAUGAAGGAAAUGGAUAAAACAUAUUAAGAAAUCACUGAAUGAAAAUUUUUAUCCCUGCACCUCCCAGCUUCUUAGAUAUAUCAAAAACUGGAAAGGAUAAUUUUUUCCCCUCAUCAUAAUGUCCCUUAAUGUGGGCGCAGUGAUCUUUUUGGCCGCUGUUGUGUGACUAACGGUUAUUCCUUAUUACCAUGGCCUAUUCUGUCCAUAAUUCUAUCCCUAAUUACUGGCUAUUAUACUCUGUUUGAAACUAUAGACUGAUUCCCUUACUUUUACAUUCCCAUAUAUUUGCUCAGUUGUUGAUUAGUCCUCUGAUGUUCCUGCCACUCUGUCAAUAAUGCUUGAUUUCUUACUGAUUAUGUUAGUGUGAUAUGUGAUUUUUUCUUUGAUAGUUCAUAUGUACGUACAUAUUCCCUUUCCAUUGAGUGGUUCAAAAUUACAAUUUGUUAUGCUGAAAAUAAUAUUGCUUCUUGUCGAAGAAGGAGACGCCAUAUAAGGCCAUCACUUAGAAGUAUCCAUUUAAAGCGGGUAAUAAAAACGGUAACAAAAGUAGUUUGCCAAAACAAGGAAAAAAACAAAUAUUUUGAAAGCCCUAGGUUGUCCCCAACUAUUUAUAACAUCCAUGAGGCCAUCCAAGAAGACCAGGACUUCUCUGUAUCAGUAUCUGCCUCUGCCUCUGUUUUGUGUACUUUGUCUCUCAGAAUUACAGGAGAUAACCCAUGAUUCCACCAGCCCUUGGUCUCUCCUCUCAAUUCUAUUUACACCAAAGCUUAUAGAAGAGACCAUAUUAUAGUAUUGAGGAAUCCAUCAUUUUUAAGGAAAGAAACACAGGGAAUGGAAUUAGAUAAACUCUGUAACCUUGAGGAAGAGCCUCAUCUCUCUGGUGCUUAUAUCCGUAACCUAGUGAAGCAGCUAACCACCUCAAGAACAAAAGACUCCAUGAACCCUAGAAACCCAGAUUGUGCUGUUGCUGUUGAUUCUUCCCAAGCUCGAAAGUUAACCAAACAAGAGAGAGUUUUUGAUGGCCAUCAGCCAAAGCAACCCACGCAACCCCGACAGCAGCAUAAAAAACAAGUCAGGAGGAGGCUGCACACAAGUAGGCCUUACCAGGAAAGGCUUCUGAAUAUGGCAGAGGCCAGGAGGGAGAUUGUCACUGCCCUGAAAUUUCACAGAGCUGCUAUGAAACAAGCUAGUGAACAGCAGCUGCAGCAGCAGCAAGAAACUCAGCAACAGCCGUCGGUAUCCCUCCAGCCUCUGCAGCACUCAAGUUUUGAGCAAGAUGGAAGAGUCAAGUCUAGGAGAAAUCCUGGAUCAUACCCAUCAUGCACAACUAAUUUCUCAAAUUACAUGGAUGCUUUUUCUUAUUCAUCGUUGUCUCAUCCUCUUCAGUCAUUGCAAAAUUCUUAUACCUGCCCCGGCGCUUCUCCAACUGCUCCAUCCCUUGUGCCCGAAACCCCCAAUAUCAUGCUUCCAAAUCAGACUCUGGGCUUGAAUCUCAAUGUUCAUGAUUUCACCAAUUUAAAUGCUACCCUUUACCUUGACAACGCCAACACAUCAUCACACUCGUAUUCGUCUCCAUCAUCAUCUUCUCCAUCACCAUCUAUUGCAACUGAUCAGGAAACUCCUCUAGCCGCAAUAUCACUGGGAGAGGAGACUGCUGCAGCGGUCCAUACAAUUGAUUCCAGUGCUGUUGUCCAGGCUACUGGGGGCCUGCAUACAGCCUUGGACGAUGAGGGGAUGGCAGAGAUCAGAUCCGUAGGAGAGCAAUAUCAAAUGGAAUGGAAUGACACUAUGAAUUUGGUCACAUCAGCAUGGUGGUUUAAGUUUUUGAAGAGCAUGGAACAUGGAGCAACUGAUGAUAAGCCUGAAGAUGAUGCAUACCAUAUUUUUGAGGAAGUCAUGGACUUUCCAGCAUGGUUGAAUUCAAACGAAAGCUGCUUAGAGCAGUGCUCACAGGAUUACUUCCAAGAUCCCACCCUACCUUGGUAAGUUUGACCACAAAUUUUAGAAUUUUAUAAAUAAAUUUCAUUAGGAAGUCUUUCUUUGUUCUUUUGGUUGCUAUGGAAAAGGAAGAAGUUUGUAGUUUGUUCGAGUCUUUUUGUAACAAAGCAAGAGACAUUGUACUGGGUCUCAACUCAUCUUUUUCCGUAUGAUAUUUAUUUGCCUGGCUAAUAAUUUGCUGUGAGUUUUGUUUUUUCCCUGGGA